UGUAGUUUCUAUAUCAAUAUAAGGGCCAUUUCUCAUUCAUUAUUCUAUAUUCAACUUCAUCUUAAGACCCUUCUACUUCACUCUCUUUUCCUUCCUCAUAAACAAGUAACAAAUUGAAAAUGUCAAAUCUGCGCAGAAGAAUGAACUUGUAGAGAUUAAUUAUAGUUGAGACGACGGUAAGAUUCUUAGUUAUUGAUUCUAAGAUGCAGGCAUCGGAGCGACAUAGAAGUAUGAGUAUGUACUAUCAACCAAUUCAACAAAUUGAAUCCUAUUGUUUGCCGCAGUAUCGAAAUCUAAAUCAUCAGCUAUACAACAAUGAUGGAGGCAAUGGAACUCAAUUCUCCGCUCCAAAUUCUUCUGACUUUUACUGCACGUUGGAGUCGUCUUCUGCAGCUGGAAGUUUUGCGGUUUACAACUCUCCUUCGACUGUUAGUUUCUCGACUAACGAUAGCCCUAUGUCGCAGCAAGAUUGUCAAACGUGUCCACAAGAUCGUUAUCACUCCCCCGAUGAUACCUAUGACUCGCCGAUGAGUGGAUCGUGUGUAACCGAAGAUUUAAGUAGCUUCAAGCACAAGCUAAGAGAAUUGGAAAAUGUGAUGCUUGGUCCUGACUCUGAUAAUCUUGAUAGUUACGACAGCGCCAUCAGCAAUGGAGCUGGUUUUGUUUCACUUGAAAUGGACAGUUGGAGACAAACAAUGAUAGCGAUUUCGAGUAAAAAUCUAAAGCACAUCCUUACUGCAUGUGCAAAAGCAAUUGCAGACAAUGAUUUGCUAAUGGCACAGUGGUUGAUGGACGAAUUACGGCAGAUGGUUUCCGUUUCUGGCGAACCAAUUCAAAGGUUGGGAGCAUACAUGCUGGAAGGACUCAUUGCACGAUUGUCUGCGUCCGGGAGUUCAAUCUACAAAUCUUUAAGAUGCAAAGAACCCGAAAGUACCGAACUUCUCUCUUACAUGAACAUACUUUAUGAGGUUUGCCCUUACUUCAAAUUUGGAUACAUGUCUGCAAAUGGAGCCAUUGCAGAAGCCAUGAAAAAUGAAGCCAGAGUUCAUAUAAUCGAUUUCCAAAUUGCUCAAGGAAGCCAAUGGAUUUCGUUGAUUCAAGCUUUUGCAGCUAGGCCCGGUGGGCCACCGCACAUCCGCAUUACAGGUAUUGAUGAUUCAACAUCAGCUUAUGCCCGUGGAGGUGGACUACAUAUAGUUGAAAAAAGAUUAUCAAAGCUUGCUCAGCAUUUCAAGGUGCCAUUUCAGUUUCAUGCUGCAGCUAUCUCAGGUUGUGAUGUUCAACUGCAUAACCUCGGAGUUCGGCCGGGGGAAGCUCUUGCAGUAAAUUUUGCAUUCAUGCUACAUCACAUGCCAGACGAGAGUGUCAGCACUCAGAAUCAUAGAGAUAGGCUUUUAAGGUUGGUUAAGAGCCUAUCACCGAAAGUCGUGACGCUUGUUGAGCAAGAAUCUAACACAAACACUGCUGCAUUCUUCCCGCGUUUUCUCGAAACUAUGGACUAUUACACAUCAAUGUUCGAGUCAAUAGACGUGACUCUUCCGAGAGAGCAUAAAGAGAGGAUCAAUGUUGAGCAGCAUUGCUUGGCAAGAGACUUAGUUAACAUCAUAGCCUGUGAAGGGGCCGAGAGAGUGGAACGACACGAGUUGCUUGGGAAGUGGAGGUCGAGAUUCGCAAUGGCUGGUUUCACUCCUUACCCUUUGAGUUCUUUGGUGAAUGGUACCAUAAAGAAAUUGCUUGAGAACUAUAGCGAUAGAUAUAGACUUGAAGAGAGAGAUGGAGCUUUAUACCUUGGUUGGAUGAAUAGAGAUUUGGUUGCUUCUUGUGCUUGGAAAUGAGCUUGGUAAGUUCGACGGAUUUGGAUUUGCUGCAGUCAACAAUUCUAUGCAUUCACACGGUCAGCUUUCGGUGGCAGUUGAAUCAAGAUCAAACUAUCCAGAUUUCAAAAUCUAUAUUUUGGUUUUCUAAAAUCACAAAAUGCAUUGAAAUUUGGACGGUCAGAUCUCAUCCAACUGCCACCUACAUGCCGACCGAUUAGAUUGCUAAAUGUGGCAAAUCCAAAUCCAAGAUUCAGAGGGAGAAUGAAACAGAACCUGUUCUUGUUCAUGUUCUGUUCCAUUACUAUGUAUGAGUUAAUACCACAUUUAAUCCAAUCUAAUUGUCUGUGGUUCAAAAGUUUGUGGAAAAUGUAGCAAGCAUUUUUCUUUAUCUGCAAUAUUAAGCUCUUACAUCA